AGGUGAAAGGUGACACCGGUUUACGUCGCGGGGCGUGACGUGGCGUCACGGCGGCUUUGAUUGGCGUUCUGGGGGUCUGAACGUCUCGAUGCACUGUACAGUUCAGACCGAUUAUUUCCUCGGUGCUGUGAGAGGAGAGCUCCGUCCUCGCGUGACGUUUUGUGGCGUGUGUUUUACCGUGACCGAUCCGUAGACCUCGCGUGGAUCUAUCGUGCCGCAGGAGUUCACCAGAAACCGUCUCUCACAUGAUGUACACAAUAACCAGAGGUCCCAGCAAACUUGUUACACAACGGAGAACAGGCCCCACGCAACAGAUUGAGAGCAAAACAAACGAUUUGAAACAGAAGCAAAGCCACUGGCUUGCAUCGGAUUCCCCUGCACCUAAGAUUGUAUUUCACCGGCUGAACGGAAAGAGGUACCACGGAUCCACCUCUCCAAAAGCUGACGGCCCGACUGAAGGAUUCACCCCGGCACACGAGGAGAAUGUUCGAUUUGUUUAUCAGGCCUGGCAGGAGGUUGAACAGAAGCUCGAAAAGGGAUCCCAGCCAGAGAACGGGAAAGGCCCAGUGCAGUACGCAGAGAGAAGUCCCAAUCCCGGCAUGAAGAAUUUUGUGCCUAUUGACCUUGAGGAGUGGUGGGCCAAGCGAUUCCUGGCCAAUAUUGCCAACCUGUCAUGACGGGUACAUGAUGGGGCAUGAGGAGAUGUGGCUGAAUGGUCCUGAUUGAGGCAGGGUGAGGGGGCGCGGGCACGUGCAGCCUGACUCUCCCGAUGAGCUCAGGUGUUAUUGUAAGAGUUUUAGGGGCCGUACUCUGAAUAAAUUCUGCCCCUUUUUUGGAAUUCUGUCUGCCCGGCUGGACCGUGACUCUCUCAUGCACAUGGAAGAUGAUCAGAGAUUUUUCUUCUGCUUUUCUGUCUUUGUUAGAGCCUUCAUGCUGUGCGCUGAGAUGAGAUGUCUGUUUUUCAUGGCAGAUCUUUGCAAAAAAAAACAAAAAAUCCAGUAAACAUUUUUCCAGGA